AUGGUCUGCGUGCUCCAUUCCAACGUCGGGAAAGAAUGCUUUCCUGCAUCUGCCGACUGGAAAAAGUUUUGGGAGCUUGAAAACAUUGGUAUUGUGGACGACCUCGAGCCUCCGCACAAUAACUCUGUCUUGAAUGUUUUCAAGGGAUAUAUCGCAAGGAACGAGGAACGCUAUGAAGUGCGACUUCCCUGGAAGGCAACUAAAACUCCUUUGGACACUAAUUUCGAAGUAGCGAAGACUCGUUUGAAAAGGCUGGUCCGUCGACUAAGUGAAAACGAAGAGCUACUUCAUAAGUACGACAAAGCUAUACGUAGCUAUAUACAAGAUGGACACGCUGAACAAGUCCCCAUGAAGAGUGCAGAGUGCCCAGCGAUGACGUCUGAACGCAUUUAUUACAUGCCGCAUCGCGAAGUUAUCAAGGAGCAGUCGUCGUCGACCAAAAUUCGGAUCGUUUUCGACGCGUCGUCUCACGCCCGCGCUUGCACUUCACUGAACGACCAUUUAGAAAAGGGUCCUAAGCUGCACCCAGAUCUUCUAGACGUUCUCGUACGCUUCCGGAUGAAGUCCAUAGGAAUGACCGGGGAUAUCCAGAAAGCUUAUCUACAGAUAGGAGUUAAAGAAGAGGAUAGAGACUCACUCCGUUUCCAAUGGUUCGACGAAAUAUCACCGCACUCAGCUGCCACAGGAAAUAUUGUAGAGUGGCGCAUGACCAGAGUGCCGUUUGGUACCACCGCGAGUGCGUUCCUGCUUUCUGCCACUCUCAAUCAUCAUUUUGCCAAUAAGGGGCAGCGUUGCUUGUUUUGCGUUUCUUGUGAUCUUGUUUUCGGAGCCAAUUCUGCUGUGGACGCUUUACAGCUAUACAACGAAGCAAGAAUUAUCUUGAGCAGUGCGAAAAUGGAGUUGAGGAAAUGGUCGUCAAAUUCUCCAGAGCUACGAGAAAAGUUCCAACAAGACGGGGUUAGCGCCCCUGCCCAGCCAUUCAAUUCCAAAAUAAAGGUCCUCGGAAUAGUGUGGAACACACAGGACGAUUGUCUAGCAGUCGACAUCGAGGGCAUCCUAAGUUCUGUUUCAAAAAACGGCCAAACAAAGAGAGCGGUGCUACAAACUCUUGCAAGGAUUUUUGACCCUCUGGGACUGCUGAAUCCAUUCACCAUAGGAGCGAAGACACUAUUUCAAGAUCUGUGGAAACAUGAAGUGGAUUGGGACGAGAAGAUACCAGAGGCCUUCAUCGACGUCUGGGAGAGCUGGUGUCAACAUAUUUCGAGCAUAUCGGAUGUGGAGGUACCUCGUUGCAUUUCCACCCCAGGAGGAAGUUACUGUCAAGUUCACGUGUUCUGCGACGCGAGCAAACGUGCUUACGGUUGUGCAGCCUACUUACGCUGGGUGAAUGACAAAGGUGAUUCUACGGCUAGAAUCAUUUGCUCUAAGGCACGGGUCUCACCCUUGAAGGAGUUAACAUUACCCCGGCUGGAACUCAUGGCUGCUGUGAUUGGAAUCAGAAUGCUGACCUACCUCCAGAGGGUAUUCGCUUUCCACUUUGAGUAUCGCAUGUGGAGUGAUUCAUCAAUUGUUCUAACCUGGAUUAGGCGUUCCAGUAGGGACUGGAAGACUUUUGUUGCAAAUCGUGUGCAAGAAAUUCAGUCCAGCAGCGACACCCGUUUGUGGAGGUAUUGUCCCAGUGCUGACAAUCCCGCAGACUUAUUAACACGCGGGAUAUUCGUAAAGAAGCUGGCGUCAUCCGAUCUAUGGUGGAGAGGCCCGCCAUGGCUCUCUGAGGAUACGACAUGCUGGCCUGACUUACUUGGAGAAUCAGAGGACGAAGCCGCUCUCAAGGAAAGAAUGCCAUGCACUGCUAACGUGAACCAGUGA